AUGACGGACACCACCGAUCGUGAAGUGCAACCAGCCACUUCAUCCUCCGCGAUGGCUGACAUCGAAAAUGCGCUUGAGUCGUUGAGGUUGACCCGUUCUGAUGCUCAGCAGCUCGUGCGCGCCUUCGUGACCAUUCUCCACCGCACCAUUCCUGUGACCCCAACUUCCAGCCCCUCCACGUCGCCGCCUUCCUUCCUCUCGGCAACUUCUGACCACACCACCGGUGCCAAUCUCACCAGCUAUGAGAUGCUCGGAUUUGGUGGAUAUUCCACUGGUGACGAGGACCUCCAGGAUUUCGACGACGAGGACAAGGGCGACGAUCCCUCUCCUUCGCCGCUUCAAUGUCCCACUUGUGCUCUCCCAACGGCAGCGACUCAGCCAUCUGUCGCAAAUGCCGGCUCUGCACCCUCUGCCGCCAUCGCUUGCACCACCGCCGUUGCUGAAACGCCAGCGCCUGUUGUUGUGGUGGCCCCUUCUGCUGCGGCCUCUGUUUCUGUGCAAGCUGCCUCUCCCAUCGUCAUUGCAACAGCGCCUUCCAUCGCUGUUCCCACUUCUCCUGCAGCAGCACCUGUUCUUACCCCAGCUGCAUCCAUUGCGGCUGUGACUGCCCCCCUUGCUGCCAACAGCGCCGCCACCACCACCACAGCUUCCGUCGCAGUGGCGGUAGUCGCUCCUGCUGCUUCGGCAGCACCUGUUGGCCCUGCAGCUCCACCGUACACUCAACUCCCACUCAACGCACCAUCUAACGCUAUCUUGCCGCCUCCCCACCUGGUCACCGUCCAUGGUUACCAUGUUCCUGGGCCCAAUGAUUAUCCACCUUUCUAUGUCGUUACUCGAGGCCGCAACAUUGGCGUGUUCAGUGGAUGGGAAAAUGUCUCGCCGCUGGUUACUGGUGUCAGUCACGCUGUCUAUUCGCGUGUUUCCUCCAUUGCCGAGGGGCACGCUCGGAUGGCCAUGGCUCGUGCCUCAUCUUUUGCAUUGUACCUCGUGUAA